AUGCCGAGCUUUGACGUUGGCGCGUUUGUAGUGGGCAAUAAGCUGGUCAAGGCACAUUUGCUGGCAAAGACUCCUGGCAUUUUGGCCGGCAUGCCCUUCUUCAAUGCAGUUUUCGAGGAGCUUGGAUGCGAAGUGCAGUGGUUCGUAACGGAGGGAUGCCGGCUUGACUUGUCUCCGGUGGCAGAGGCAGAUGCGCAGGGAAGAUUUCCACCUGAAGACACAGGCGACUUUGAUGCUACGCCCUCGCACUUCAAGGGUCGCAAGAAAAUUGCAGAGGUCACUGGGCCGGUCUGUCGAGUGCUGCAAGGUGAGCGUACGGCGCUCAACAUCAUUUCUCGCUGCAGCGGCAUUGCGACACAGACGAGCCAGCUGGUUGCAAUUAAGCGUCAGCAUGGUUGGCACGGUGAAGUUGCAGCAACGCGGAAAGUUACUCCGGGCUUCCGUCUUUUCGAGAAGUAUGCGGUCGUGGUUGGGGGAGGUGUCCCUCAUCGCAUGACCUUGAGUGACAUGACCAUGCUCAAGGACAAUCAUUGCUGGGCAUGCGGUGGUGACAUUCAGGCCAUGGUGAGAAAAGCUCGCAGCGCUUGCGGCUUCUCCAACAAAAUCGAGGUGGAGUGCCAGUCCCUUGCUGAGGCUAUGGAAGCAGCGUCUGCUGGAGCAGAGGUGGUUAUGCUUGACAAUUUCCCGGCAGCCGAAGCGAAAGCUGCGGCUGCCAGACUGAAGGAGCAGUUCCCGCACGGCCUGACCGUGGAAAUCAGUGGAGGCUUAAGCGAGGAAACUGCGCCGGAAUACUUUAGCGAGCACGUUGAUGUUCUGAGCUUCGGCAGCCUCACGCAUGGCUAUGGUGUCCUUGAUUUCUCGUUGAAAGUCGUAGGAUAA